UCAGUCGUUGAUGGCGAAGACAAAACCUGGAAAGAAAGACCUCGAUUCUUACACUAUUAAGGCCUCCAACAAACUCGUCAGACCUGGAGACUGUGUGUUAAUGCGGCCACCUGACUCUGAUAAGCCCCCAUACGUGGCGAGAGUCGAGAAGAUCGAGGCAGACCAUCGGAACAACGUGAAGGUUCGAGUCCGGUGGUACUAUCGCCCUGAAGAAUCAAUUGGAGGCAGAAGACAGUUCCAUGGAUCGAAAGAGCUGUUCUUGUCGGACCACUAUGAUAUUCAGAGUGCUCACACUAUUGAGGGGAAGUGCAUUGUUCACUCUUUCAAAAACUACACUAAGCUUGAGAAUGUUGGUUCGGAGGACUACUUUUGUCGGUUUGAGUACAAGGCUUCAACUGGAGGGUUCACUCCAGACCGUGUCGCUGUGUAUUGCAAGUGUGAGAUGCCUUAUAACCCGGAUGACCUCAUGGUGCAAUGUGAAGGGUGCAAGGACUGGUUUCAUCCUUCUUGUAUGGGUAUGACCAUAGACGAAGCGAAGAAAUUAGAACUUUUCAUGUGUUUGGACUGUUCAUCAGAUGAUGAUGCCAAACGGUCCUUAAACUCAUUCCCUGUCUCCCCAUCUGGUGAGGCUAAGGUUGAGCCAAAGCGCAGAAAGAGAUGACCACUGGUGCUGAUGUAUAAUAGGAGGUACUAAUUUUGUUGCAUAUUAGCUCCAGUAUUGUUGUGUUGUGGAAAUAUACAGUGCAGAGAAGAUACUGUGC